UCUCUUUCUCUCUCUCUCUCUCUCAAUUCUUAAAAAAAAAAAAAACUCUUCAAAAACCCAUAAAGGAAAAUCCCCAUAUUCCUCUGCUUAUAUUAACCCAAAUACCAAAUCAAACUUAAGAGAAAAAAAAUCAAAGCUUUCACCAAUUUCACCACCUUCCCCCUUCACACACACACACACACAUUAUUAUGAGACUAGAAAUAAAACAAAAGGUGGUGGUAGAUGCAUGAGUAACAACAUCAACUACUACAGCCUCCCCACCCCCUCCUCUCCCUAUCUGUCAACUCUCAUCAUCUUCAUCUUCAAAUCUUCAUCCACCUCCUUCCCUUUUUUCCCCCUUUGUAAUUUCCUUCAUAAUUUCAAUUUUUCCAGACCCUUUGAAAUAUUACAAAGCCUAAAAGUUUGAUUAGUCAUCGCCAGUCAAAAUCAUCGGUUUCCACGAUUCUAAGUCCGAUUCCCUUCUUGUACAGGUGCCAACCCAUCAUCAAUCACCCUGGCUUUAUUUCACAAUGCCUCUGUUUUUUUUAUGUGCCGACCCUUUUUGACUUGUCUUCCCUGUUUUUGUUUUGGGCUUUUUUUCUUUCUGGCAAAACUCCUUUUGGGUGAUUUAUGUUUAAUAAAAUUUUGUGGGCAUUUUGUUAGACACAUAUUUUUUUGUUUUGGUUUUAAAGGGAUAAGUUAAGUUGGGGUGGUUGUUUCUCUUAUUCACACAUACACACACUGCUUCACAAAAGGUGGUAGGUUGGGGGGGUUGACUUCGUCAGAAGCUUAGAGUCAUUCGGUCAAUCUUCUGUGUGUGUAUUGAGGGGAUUUGAUUGUCUUGGUUGGAUGUGUUUCUGGGUGAAUUUCUGUUCUCACUCCGAUGAUCAUCAUAUUAUUUGGUCAACUUUUGGGGAUGAAUCGAUUGGCCUGGAGUGAAUAGUGUCUUCGAAUAGCUUUCGCCACCUUUAGUCUUGAAAUCCUUCCCAAUUUGAUACCUUUUUGGAGUUAAAAAGAUGGAACUUUGCCCACAUAUAGGAGAUUAGAAAUCAUUGCAUGAAAAAGGUUCUUUUUCUUGGCCAUCUUUUGCAAGCGUCUUGACUUCUGUUCUGGUCCUCCCGUUAUCAUAUGUUGCUUCCUUUGAUCCGUUGAAUCACUUCUGUGUAGACUAGGAAUCUUUGGUCUCCCCUUCUUGUAGGAACGGAAGGUUGGGAAUCUGGUGUUUAUUAUGAAGUUACAGUGGGCCGAAAAAUGGCAUCGGGAAACUGUGCUAUUGAAUUGUUUGAAUCUGUUGGUGGCUUUUGGUUUCCGUUCGCUUCCCUUCGGUGGCAAAAGGGUUGAGAUAGUAACAGCGCAUACUGCCACCUUUUGCUAGAAUCAAUGGAAACACGGGCGAAGCUAACUCGACAUCCAUAUUGGGAAUAUCUUAGUUACUUUAAGGUCUUCUGAAAUAGGCAGACCUGUAUCUUUGUCACCCCUUCAAAAACUUGAUUGUCUUUGUUCUAGGAAUCCUGUCAUAGUUGCCUCUCUCCCUUGAUGUACUUUCUUUAAGUUUUGCGAGGAUACCGUCUGAAACUUGAGAUUUCCUGCUUUAGUGAAUGGCAUAAUGUCGAGUAGUCUUUCUGCAUUCCCUCCUUAUACAUUGUUGAAUCUUAAAGUUUGCUUCUUCAUUUUUCCAUCUGCUAGUAUUUGACUUCCUCGUCUCGUGUAUUUGUUGCUGUCUUGCUGAGUACUCUAGUUUUCUUAGCUUCCUUCAUCCUAUUACUAGUUAGUGAUCCUUCUGUUUUGCAUUUAUUGAUAUUUGAUUUUUGCUGAAUUUCAAAGUUUCUGUCUUGUUUAGGGAUAUUGAAGGUAAGCAUGGUGAGUAUUCGUCGACGCAAACUUUUAGUCAAGUGUCCUGGGCUGAGAAAUUCCUUUCUGGCACCCCUGCCCAAGUUUUCUGAGAUAGGGUACACUCCUGAAAUCACAAAACCAGUCACAGUUCAUCCUUUACCUUCUAGUGAUAUGGAGGAAUCAGAGGAGAAACCUUCCCCACUUAAGGGACACGAAGCAUCGGAGAUGCCUGCUUUAAAAUCACAAGAGGAGCAACAUACUCUGACAUUCCCAGAAGUAAAACGAAGGAAGCGACACAGAAGAAAGCAUUUCGAAAAUCAAGAAGCAUGCGUGAUGAGAGGGGUGUAUUUUAAGAAUAUGAAAUGGCAAGCAGCUAUUAAAGUGGACAAGAAGCAAAUCCACUUAGGAACAGUUGGUUCUCAAGAAGAAGCAGCUCGAUUGUAUGACAGGGCAGCUUUUAUGUGCGGCAGAGAACCCAAUUUUGAACUCUCGGAGGAGGAGAAGCGGGAGCUUCGGAAAUUUAAAUGGGAGGAAUUCUUAGAAAUGACUCGUUCUGCUAUUACUCACAAAAGUAAGUGUUCUUGCAAGUUGCAAAUGAAAUUCUUAACUCUUAACCGUGCGCAUAACCUGUGUUCCAUUAGUGUGAAACGUUGUAGUUUCAUUACUAUUGGUAGUUAUUCGUUUCAAGUUAAAAGCAUUGUUGCUAUAGAUAACAAAAUGAUUUCUUUUGCAAAUGGAACAUGAAUGGUACAAAAAGGGAAGGAGAAAACGAGAAAAGGAUCUAUCUCAUCUCGUCUCCUUGUUUGUACUAUUCUAAGGACAUCAAACUAUGUAACCUUCUGUCAUUAUCUGGGUUGUUUCCUUUUUUUGGUUUAUUCAUUCAUCAAAUUUAUCAAAAUCUGCAGAACACCACAGAAGGGCUGGAGUAGGGCCCCGAAGAAAAUCCGAUGCAUUGUCUUCUAAAGGUGAGUGGGAAAGCGAGCAAGCAGGCAAUAAUCCCUCAGGUUCAGAAGACGUGCCAGAAGAACUAGAUUCAUCGGAUUCGUGAAACAACAUGUUGCCACCUUAAAAAGGAAAAACAAACAGAAACGCGAAAAUAGAAUUGCAAAUUAAUUAUAAUCUGCAGCUAUAUAUAUAAUUUUUUUGACCCCAAAGCUCCUAUUAUGGGAGCUAAUAAGGGAUGAAGAUGCUGCAGAUUGUUAGUAUCAUCUUCAUUUUUUUAAUAGAAAUGAUUUUAGUUCACCAUUCAUUGUUAUAUUAUUUACUUCCUGUGUCUUAAACAGAACAAUUAUUUUUGGGACGAAGGAAUAUGAAUACAAUGAUAGUGGUAUGAAUCAUUGAGUUAAUUAUAUUUUAUAUUUUACUACACUAG